ACCUUACUCGAUCUCCAUCAUUUCUGUUAACCCGAUUAGUAACUUUAAUGGACAUAUAUAUUUUUAUACUUAGCUGCAAAAUUCACGUUUACAAGAGGUUUUCUGUCAGAUACGACAAAUCGUAAGUUUUUUGUGAUUUUUAUUUUAUAACCAACAUGGCGGCACAUCUUCCCCCUCCAGGUUCUGUUAUAGUUGCUGACUGGCAUCCAUGUAAAGAAAGCAAAGAGUAUUUUAACAAAAUUCUACACAAGAAGAAACGAAAGAACUUUGGUCUGUUGGAGUCUCCAGUGAUGCCUCCACAGGUCACUGUGGACACAGUUCACUAUAAGAUUUUCAUCUCUGGUAAGAGUGGAGUUGGUAAAACCGCUUUUGUUGCACGUCUUGCAGGCCUGAACAUCCCUAAUGUGCACCAUGAAACCACAGGCAUCGAGACAACAGUGGUGUACUGGCCAGUAAAGCUGAGAGAAAGUGGCAGAGUGCUUUUCUUUCGUCUGCAGUUUUGGGACUGUGGAGAGAACGCCUUACGCCGAUUUGAUCAUUUGCUUCCAUCUUGUAAGGAACAGGUGGAUGCGGUCCUCUUCCUUUUCUCCUUCACCGACAGGACAUCCUUUGAUGAUUUGUCAACUCAAAUAGAGAAAUGGAAUGAAUCGCCUCACGGUUCCGCUGUCAAAGUGGUGAUUGGAACAAAAUUUGACCUUUUUAUGCACUGUGAUGUGGCGCAGAGAGAUGUACAGAAGUUCCAGGAGGCAUGGGGGUUACCGGUGCUGCGGACAGGCAGGGAGAUCAGUAACGGACUGGGUGAUAUAGCCCCCAUCCUCAACUGUCUGUCAGAGAACUUGUGGUUUCAGGACUGUGCUACAGUUGGAACAGCCUGCCAGCAUUCACAGCAGGAAACGGUGAUUCAAGAGUUUUGAACAAAGGACUUUUUGCUUGGAGAUGUAAAUUAAUUCUGGUGGUAGUCAUUAGAAAUAGUGAAACACCUACAUGUUAUAAUGUUAACCAUUUCAAGUUGUACAGAGUUUUGCACAAAGCGAUUAGCGAUGGUAGUCACACUUUUAAGCAAUGCCUCUACACUCCCACACUACUGUUCAUGCAAGUAAAAUAAAAGUCAAAUCUUAA